AUGGCGGAGAGAUCCGCGCGGCUGGACUACUGGCGGAAGUACUUCCGCAGCGCCGACUCGAGCAUCUUCGAGGUGAUCGAGCAGGCGAUCCUCGUGGCGGCGGCCGAUUGCCCGGAGGAGCUCCGGCGGCGGAGGGAUCGGAUAGCGCUGGUUCUCUUCUCGUGUCAGCUGCCCAGAUGCCAUGGCUGCGAGAAGGCCAGGCCGGCAUCGCCGGAGGAGGAAGAGGGAGACGACGGCGGCGCCCCCGCCGCCGCUGGUUGUGCAAAGGAGAGGAAGGCCAGCAGCAGGUGCAGCAUAAAAGGGGAGGAGGAUGUGAAGAUGGUGGUGAGCAAUUACAGCUACGACGAGGCCGAGGCGUUGACGGAGGAGAUCGAGGAGGAGACCCAGAUGAUCGGGGAGGUUCUGAGGAUCAAAGAGAUUCUCUUCCACAAGGACGACGAGGUUUGCUUCUCUCCGGAAACUCUUGCGAGCUUCGAGCUCGUUUUUUUCUUCGUUUUGUUCUCCUUAAAUCAUCUAGAACUCGAUGCCUGUUCUUCGGCUCCAAUUCUUGCUGCGUCUUAGCUUCGAUGAUUUGGAUUUGAAUGGUUUUUCCGUUAUAUCUUUUCGUUUUGAUGAUUUCUUGAAAACACUAAUCGACAAAACUCAGAAAAAUCUGGGCCCCUUUGGCUCCUCCGGGAAGAACUAACAGCCACUUCCUCCUGUCCUCAAUCGUCCGCAGACUGACUCCGUGUUGUUCGAAUCGCUCAGGAGGCUCCAGUUGAUGGUUCUGUCAGUAGAAGCCCUCAAGGUUGACUUCUCUCUCUCUCUCUAGAUAUUUUUGUAUGCACACGCCUACCUUUCCAUGUAUCUUGAGAAGAAAGAGCCAAGUAGGCUCAUAGUCAGCUCCACUGUUUCCGUUCGAUCAAUGCAGGUGACGGAGAUUGGGAAGGCGGUCAGCGGGCUCCGAAAGCACAGCUCAAAGCAGAUACGCGCCCUUGUGCGGACUCUGAUCGAGUAUGCCCAUUCUUAACCCGUUGACUUGAACUCCCCAUCUUCUUCGGUGUUUUGCAUGCGAAUCUACAAUAAAUCGGCGCCGGUCAGCAUCAAACUCUGGUGAUUUCCCUAAAUAGAUUACUGGGAAUGAACUGGGUACCCAUCAAAAUCUGAUUUUUUUUCUCAAAAAAAAAAAGAAAACACCUUUGACUUCACCAAGAUGGGUGAUAUUAAUCAGGCAAUAAAAACAACCGCAUUUUUUUAUUUGAGAAUAUUGAGCUACUCGUCGAUCUGGAUUUCAUGCAUAAUCUUUUCUUAAUCUGGCAGCUUAAAUACUCCUCAUUUAUCCGGUAUUUUUCUCACUUUUGCAGAGGGUGGAAGGUUCUGGUCGACGAGUGGGUGUCCACCGCCGCUCUUACUGGUAAGAUGAUCGCCCAAUGCCGUCAUUACUUCUCUUGAAGGAACUCGAUCGCCCACUGUUCGUCAUUCAUGUUUGGUUGGUUGGUUGCAGAGGGCACCCCUGAAUCUGUGAACCCCUCGGUGGUGGAUGAUGAGGAGGGGCUCCCGUCGCCGCCCAUGGACGAAGGCAUCCUCUUCACUACCCAGCCCAGUUUGGAGCUCUCCCAGGUAGAGCCAAGCAACCAAGUCUCCUUGCUGUUCUUUCUGCCCUAAAUUAAAAAUAAAAAAAACUGAAAAAGCUUGUGUUUUUGAUCCUCUUUGGGAUGUCGAUCGCGAAGUUCUUCGACGGCAUGGACGACGAUGGAAGUGAGUUUCUCUUUUGGGUGUGAAAAUUGUAUGGAUUUGUGUGGGUAGUGAGUAGCUUAGCUUAAUUUUUGUGUUUUUUUUUUUUUGGGUGAAGAUCUCCAAGGUGGUGAAGGAUACCCAGGCGAUUCGAUGAAGGUGGCGGCGGCGGCGGCGGCCGGUCGGGCGGGGCCGCCGGACGCCGUGAACAGGCAUGCGGAGGAUCUUGGGAGGAGUGGGCCGAAGCAGCUGGGGCCAGUCAGCCGGCGGAGAGAUCAGUCUGUUUCUGGUAUGGCCACCGGGCCAGGGAGACCCCAGGAACCUGUUGUAGAGGGCAAGCUCGCCGGCGGGAUGGCGGCCCAGCGGCGGCAGGGACCAGCCGUGGGGACAGCACCGAAGAAGCCGCCAUUGGUAGAUCGCCACGAUGUGAGUGGCAGGAGCAGUGCAUCUUCAAUUCAGGGUCAAUGCGUAGCAUUUAUCUGAUCUCUGUCUCUGUCUCUGUAGAAGUGCAAGUCAGCGGAGGAAAUGUCGGUCCGGGUGAAGUUGGAAGCUGCCAAGAGGAAGCUUCACGAAGGGUACCAACAGGCCGAGAACGGUAAGUCAAGUAAUCCGCCGAUUUGGGUUUGACCGGGCCAUCUUCUGUGCCGUGGUCUGAUGGCGUUGACAUUGACGAUGAUGUGGGUCAACGGGGGUUUUAAUUGUGGGGUUGCAGCGAAGAAGCAGCGGACGAUACAGGUGAUGGAGCUGCAAGAUAUUCCCAGACAGGGGGGGAUCGGACACCGGCAACCUUCUGUAAAGCAGCAGCAAGGGAGCAGCCUCAGCAGGCUUCGGGCCACCUGUGGGCGGCGGUGA